AAUUUUGAGUAUAAAAUCUAGUACGCAGCCGGAAUGGAAACGAAGUAGAUGUUUGCUGUCCUGUUCCUCUCUUGGUCUCUCCUCUCUCGAUCGGCAUCCGUUCAACCGUCGAGCUCCUUCCUUCUUCUUCUUCAUCUUCUUCUUCGUUGUUUUUCUUCUUUAAAUCGAAGUCUGGCUACUUGAUUUUGACGAACUAAUCUGCUUAAUUAUUCCUUAAGAUAAGAAUUUGUCGCGGAAAGGGAUUUUUCAUCGCUUCUCGCUGGCGUUAAGAUUUGUUGAUGAUGGCUACGGCGGCGGUGUGCGCGGAACGGGCUACGAGCGAUUCGUUAACCGACCCGGACUGGGCGAUCAACAUCGAGUUGUGCGACAUUAUUAAUAUGGAUCCUGGACAAGCAAAGGAUGCACUGAAAAUACUUAAGAAGCGCCUUGGAAGUAAGAACCCAAAAAUUCAACUUCUGGCACUAGUUGUGCUAGAAACUCUGAGCAAAAAUUGUGGGGACAAUGUUCACCAACUAAUUGUUGAGCGAGAUAUUUUACAUGAAAUGGUCAAAAUAGUGAAGAAAAAACCAGAUUUAAAUGUCAGAGAAAAGAUACUAGUUCUAAUUGAUGCAUGGCAAGAAGCUUUCGGAGGAGCUGGAGGAAAAUAUCCCCAAUAUCAUGGUGCAUACAGAGAACUUAGAGCUGCUGGAAUUGAGUUCCCACCACAUACUGAGAACUCUGUCCCAUUAUUUACCUCUCCACAAAACCAUCCUAUCUCAUAUCAGCCUGCUGCAUCAGUAUAUGAAAAUGCUGCUGCAGAAGCUUCCCUUCAGUCUGAUUUUUCUGCACUCAGCUUGGAGGAAAUUCAGAAUGCUCAAGGAGUAGCAAAUGUGUUAUCUGAUAUGCUUAAUGCAUUAGAUCCAAAGAACAGAGAGGAGUUAAAGCAAGAAGUUAUAGUCGACCUUGUUGAGCAAUGCCAUUCUUAUCAAAAGCCUUUAAUGGUUCUUGUGAAUAAUACAGGAGAUGAAGAGCUUCUUUGUCAGGGUCUGGCACUGAAUGAUGAACUUCAGCAUGUACUUCAAAGAUAUAAUGAUAUCUUGAAGGGUUCUGCUCUUAGUUGUGUACCAAUUGCUGUAGCUGCACCUAUUGUCAAUGUGAACCAUGAGGAUGAGGAGCUAGAGGAUGAUUUCUCUCAGCUGUCUCUCAGGACUUGCAGAGAUAGUGCAGUAUGGCAGAGCAAGAAUUCGAGUGUUGGAAAUCCAAUCACCCUAAAACCUCCUUCCCAACCCUCAAAGCCCGUCAGCGGAGAAGCAAACUCAAUUGACUAUCUCAAUGAUGAUGUUUCCAGAUCAGCACCACCAGUGGCUGCUCAUCCUAACCCACCUUUGCCACCUAUUGUAUCUCAUUCUCUGCUAGCUUCUGAUACAGCCUCAAUGCUGGAGUCAGAUGGUCCAUCUAGGUAUGAUGAGCCCAUUCAAGCAACAAAAUCCAGUGUGGAGCCACUUCCAAAGUUGCAACGGGAGACCCAGGGUACUGCUCUACUUCCACCUCCCCCUUCAAAAUAUGACCAAAGGCAGCAAUUCUUUGAGCAACAGAAAAAUACCCUAUUGGGUGGGGACCCAGUUCAUGAUGGAUCACUUUCUCAAACUAAGAACUCUUCUCAUCAGGGAAAUACCAGCCUAGGUCCACUUCAUCCACAUCAUUUGGGAGGAGUAGACUCAUCACCACCAGCAAAAGAAUCCAAGCCUCCUGAGGAUGCACUCUUCAAAGAUUUGGUUGAUUUUACCAAGUCAAAAUCAUCUUCGUCAUUAAAGCCACCCACCAGUCGCAGAUCUCGCUGAGUAAUGUGCUUGAGCAUGCCCCAUGUAGUUUUCCAUGCUAAUGGUUUGGUUAUCAAGUUAAGUUGAGCUAACUUGUUAAAUAAAAGAGGGUGUUUGGUGUAUAUGAUAUUCUGAGAAGACCAUUGGCAGGUGCACCCUGCUCCACCUUAGGUCACUUGUAUGUACAAAAGAAAUAAUCCUUUAUACAUCAUUAAGUUAUGCCAUUUUGCUUGUGACU